AGAAUUUCCAGGAGCAUUUGAAACAUUUCGUUUCUGAGCGGAAGAGCCGUUUUCAAGUAGUGUUCGAUCGAUUAUGUAUUAAUCAAUAUUCGAUUGAUUGGUCUGAGGUUAUUGAUAAAAAAGAUUUGUCUAAGUCACUUCGUUUCUUUUUGUCCAAGUUACUUCGUUUUUUGUCCAAGUUACUUCUCUUUUUGUCUAACUCACUUCCUUUUUUCUUUGUGAGUUUCGAGAAUAUCCCCAUUCAUAGGUCUGAGAUCCACAUCUAUGAAUUGAAAGGUCCGAACGAUCAACCCUGCAAUCAGUUGUUAGAAUCAAUAGGUCUUCAAAUCGUUCAUUUUAAAAAUUGAAACCCUUUUUAUUGGAUGAUCAUAAUACUUCUCAAAAAUCGAAAUUCUUGAUCAAUGGAGGAACAAUAUCACCAUUUUUGUUCAAUAAGAUACCAAAGUGGAUGAUUGACUCAUUCCAUACUAGAAAGAAUCGCAGGAAAUCUUUUGAUAACACGGAUUCCUAUUUCUCAAUCGUAUCCCACGAUCAAGACAAUUGGCUGAAUCCCGUGAAACCAUUUCAGAGAAGUUCAUUGAUAUCUUCUUUUUCUAAAGCAAAUCGACUUCGAUUCUUGAAUAAUCCACAUCACUUCUGCUUCUAUUGUAACAAAAGAUUCCCUUUUUAUGUGGAAAAGGCCCGUCUCAAUAAUUCUGAUUUUACGUAUGGACAAUUCCUCACUAUCUUGUUCAUUCACAACAAAAUAUUUUCUUCGUGUGGUGGUAAAAAAAAACAUGCUUUUUUGGAGAGAGAUACUAUUUCACCUUCGUCAAUCGAGUCACAGGUAUCUAACAUAUUCAUAUCUAACGAUUUUCCACAAAGUGGUGACGAAAGGUAUAACUUGUACAAAUCUUUCCAUUUUCCAAUUCGAUCCGAUCCAUUAGUUCGUAGAGCUAUUUACUCGAUUGCAGACAUUUCUGGAACACCUCUAAUAGAGGGACAAAGAGUAAAUUUGGAAAGAACGUAUUGUCAAACUCUUUCAGAUAUGAAUCUAUCCGAUUCAGAAGAGAAGAGCUUGCAUCAGUAUCUCAAUUUCAAUUCAAACGUGGGUUUGAUUCACACUCCAUGUUCUGAGAAAUAUUUACAGAGGAAAAAACGGAGUCUUUGCCUAAAAAAAUGCGUUGACAAAGGGCAGAUGGAUAGAACCUUU